UGCUUUCAUUCUACAAACUGCUAAGGAUUACUUGUACGUGCAUGGGUUGAUAAAGUUAUUGCUUUCUGGAACAUAAAAAACACGUGGAAGGAGAGGAUCUCCUACUGACCAGACGAAUGUGACCUGCAUCAAGCUGUUAAAUUGAAUACCCAGAAAUCUGUUCUGUUAUUUGUUUACCACGACCUGCCUUUCAAAUAUGUUGAAAGAAAACGAAGACCAAUUACCAUUUGAAACAGUUACUGCACUUCACAACACCCUCCUGCAGACUCCACGACUUCAGACCGUCUCUGUUGGAAGUACCAUUAAGCUGAAUUGCCACACAAGUUGGUAUGUGAGUGGACACCUUCACUGGUAUAAGCAGCAGCUGCGAGAAAAUUUACAAAAGGUUUACUUAAUAAACAAGAACUUCAUUUCAGAUGGAAGAAAGAUUUCUGGAGGAAUUAAUAAUGCUUUGACUAUUUAUACACUUGUGAUUGAUGAUGUUCAAGUGAAUGAUUCGGGUCUAUAUUACUGUGCAGCGUGGACAUUUUAUGGAAGGCCCUUGGUAUUCGGAAAUGGAUCAAUCCUGCACGUUACAGAUGGAAUGAGUGAAAUCAAUGGAAGUUUCCUCUAUCAGAUAGAGCCUUGCCUUUUAAUAUUUUAUGAAAGUUUGUUGGUGAUGAUUAUUCUCAUUAUCUUUAUUGCUGCUGCGGUAUGGAGCUACAGGAAGCGGAAUUUAAGAUCAGGCAUCAGGAUCACUGAUAAUGACUGCAGCGGUUCUCUACCAUACGAUCAAAAGCAGGAGGGUCUCUAUGCCCAGUUGGCGUUCACUGUAGAUCAGACACUGUGAUGGAACAGAAACAAGCAUUCAUCAAUUCUUUUUUCUCACUCCAUGGGACGCCAGUUAGAACUAUUUGUUCACUAACAAGUACAAAAACAUUUCCUUGGUUUUGCACCAUGCCUGUUUGUUUUAUGGAUCGUUAGCAUGAAGUCGGAAAUUUCCUCCCAAAGAGCAACUGGCAGAAUGAAGCCGCAAGAGAAUAAUGUUCCACCAAACGUAGAUUUUACUAUCACAUGAUACUGAUUUUUAAAAUAAUGUAUUAAAAAUCCGAAGAGAGAAUAAUCUAACUACGACUGUCAACUUUAUGUUUUUUUGUUUUUAUUCUAUAACUUACAUAGGCGUCACUUUUAAGGGUGACUAAUAUGAUGAACCAUAAUUUCUUUUUCUGCAGAUUAAAUUG